AUGUAUCAUUUGAUUGGACAUACGAAUGAAUCCUUAGUAUAUUAUUUGAAAGCAUUAGAACUUUGUCCGUCGGAAAACUAUUAUCAAGUUGCCUAUAGUUCUGUUGGCAUGGGAAAUAUAUAUUUUCAUGAAUUCUUUAAUAAUGAACAAGCAUUAGAAUCAUAUCAAAAAGCUUUAGAAAUGAAAUUAAAAUAUUUGGACGAAACUAAUACUGAAAUUAUUGAUUUAUAUGAUACCAUCGGAGGAUCAUUGGAGUAUAUUUUAUUUAAACAAACCGGCGAAAUAGUACAUCAUCGAAAUGCAUCAAUCAAUCUUGAACAAGCUGUAAAAAUAUCAGCAAACUAUUCUUUGCAGGAAGAUCCACAAUUUAUUCUAGUAUUUAGAAUGUUAGGUGACUUAAACUAUCAUACAAAUAAUGAUUUAACAGCUUUAAAUUAUUAUCAAAAAGGUAUCGAUUGUGAAAAUAGAGCUCAAAGACCGUUUGAUGAAUUUUGUAUGAAGGAAAUUCCUGAUUUAUAUUUAUAUGCUGGUUUAUUAUAUCACAGAUUGGAUAAUAUUGAUUUAGCAUUUCAAUGUUGGAAUAAAGUUAGUCAAUAUAUUUCUGAUUGUUCAAUAUAUUCAAAUAUAUACCAAAAACUACAAAUGGUUUUUGAUGAAGCAUCUCACUUACAUGCACUGAAAUAUAAGAAGCAAGUAACGUUCUUCUGA